GCUGUUCUCGAACGCGCGGGCUGUCUGAACUUGUUUUCCUCAGUACCCCUACUGACUAUAUUACAUGAUUACUUACUAGUUGAAGUGUAACUUUAGACAAUUCACGAAAUAGGCUUUAUUUCUUGUACAAGUUGUAGGGUUUUUAGGAUCUAUUAUCAAAAUUGGAACAGUAUAAGUUCUUAGGUAAGGGACCACGUAGGUAUUUUGAGGAUUUGUAUUUAACGACUGAGUCUAAGAUAUGCAGCAGCAACAGCAGAAUGCCGGUCAGGAAGAGGAUUGCCAGGAGGAUUUUGGGCCUCUGAUGAUAGGUCGUCUGGAGUCUCAAGGUAUCAGUGCCAACGAUGUCAAGAAGCUGGAAGAGGCGGGGCUCCACACUGUUGAGUCCGUGGCCUACGCCACCAAGAAGGAGCUAUGCAACAUCAAGGGUAUCAGCGAAGCCAAGGCUGACAAAAUCCUGAACGAGGCCAUGAAGCUGGUCCCCAUGGGUUUCACGACUGCCACCCAGUUCCACCAACAGAGGGCAGAAAUCAUUCAGAUUACCACUGGCUCCAAGGAACUAGACAAACUUCUACAAGGUGGUAUUGAGACUGGCUCCAUCACAGAAAUGUUUGGAGAGUUCCGCACAGGAAAAACACAGCUUUGCCACACACUAGCAGUCACCUGCCAGCUACCGAUAGACAGUGGAGGAGGGGAAGGCAAGUGUCUCUACAUUGACACUGAGGGUACCUUCAGACCUGAGCGGCUCAUCGCUGUCGCAGAGAGAUACAACUUGUCCAGCAGUGAUGUGUUAGACAAUGUUGCCUAUGCUCGGGCCUACAACAGCGAUCACCAGAGCCAGUUGCUGAUUCAAGCAUCAGCCAUGAUGGCGCAGUCAAGAUACGCUCUUCUGAUUGUGGACAGCGCCACGGCCCUGUACCGUACCGACUACAGCGGACGUGGGGAACUAGCCAGCAGACAAAUGCACCUUGCUAAGUUCCUCAGAUGUCUGCUGAGAAUAGCCGACGAAUACGGCGUGGCAGUCGUCAUCACCAACCAAGUGGUAGCCCAGGUGGACGGCUCAGCGAUGUUUGCCGCCGAUCCUAAGAAACCCAUCGGGGGUAACAUCAUGGCCCAUGCCUCCACGACCAGGCUGUACCUUCGGAAGGGGCGAGGCGAGACCCGUAUCUGCAAGAUUUACGACUCUCCCUGCUUGCCCGAGGCAGAAGCCAUGUUUGCCAUCAAUGCCGACGGUGUAGGGGACGCAAAGGACUAAACAGAUUCAAUAACUACCUCACCAGCCUACUUAAAAUAGUCCCUGCGUAUCCCUAGACUGGAAGGUGAAGGCCAAAUAAGGCUUCUUUUAAGCCUCCCCCCCUUUUUAAAGCUCUGUUAAAGAUAUUUUCUGCGGUUCAUGUUGCCUUUGAAGUCGGGAAAUAUUUCAAUUCCAAAGGCUAAGGCUCGUUAUUAUAAGAGCUUAGCCAGCAACUUCCCUUGAUAAUGGAAAUGGCGAUACAGGACUUUGCAAUGAGCAUCAACUCUUUAGAUUACUCCAGCCAGGUGUCUACCACUGUAGACUUUCUUGUGGAACCUCCUUUCUUUGUAAAAGUCUCCAACUCCAUAAUGUUAUAGCCCAUGUGAAGUCGUGAGACUGAGAUUUCUACAGACCGACUUCUAAGUGGUCCUAUAGUCCAGAUGUUGCUCUUUGUUCCUUUCCACAAGAGAGUCCCUGCCCUCAUGUAAAAUAUGUUUGUGACACUGAAACCUGUCAAUUGGCCUCGGAAAAAUGAGGUUUCUAAAUCACUGCUGUCAUUUCCCGAGUGACAGGUGAGCACGGUGAUUUAUGUUUUUGUCAGUUUUGUCCAUUUUGUUUGCACAGUGAAACAGUACACAAAUAAGCCGUUUACAGUCAAAUAUUUGGCAGAAGUGAAUGAGUGUGCGACCAACAAUUGAAAUGUACUGGCCAAGCCAUCAAAGAUCGCCAUUAUUCUUUGUGAAAUGCCACGGUCAAAACUACUCUAAACACUUUAGUUAAUAGCAGAUAAGCAUGAAGCUUUCUCCUAACCCUUGAGUAAUUUGUGAUAAUGACAUCUGAUUUGAUGAUCAAGUCACACCGUUUAAAGCAAGAAUAGAGACUUGUUUAACUCGUAAUUAAAUGCUUUGUCAUGUAUACAUGUUUUAGAUUUAUUGUCAUAAGCAUAUCGGUUAUUUCAUCCCUGAGAGACUAUUUGGAGACCGGGGAAAUUGCAGAGUGUAUAUACUGUACAAUAACAUUGACAGACACGCACUUAUUCAGUUCAGUGAACGGACAUCAUCCCCAGAGAUGUUGUGAAUAAAACACACAGGAAGACAGUACAAGUAAAUGAAAA